GACGGAACCAGCCGACCUCAACGAAUCGUCGUCGUGUGUACACUCAUAAAGCGUUUAUUUCGGAUUUGCCUCAACUCGAAGUAUCUCGUGCGUUUGGGUGUGUCCGGUGUCGUCUUAUACCAGAAAACAAGAAUUCAAAAUGAGCGGACAACAAUAUUACCCGUACAAGUGUACCCCCACCGUGUACCCCGCGGAACCCUUCGAACCCGCGGCAGAUGCGGAGACCCUCAGGAAGGCGAUGAAAGGCUUCGGCACUGAUGAGAAGGCCAUCAUUGACGUGUUGUGUCGUCGUGGUAUUGUGCAGCGUCUUGAAAUCGCCGAAACAUUCAAGACCAACUACGGAAAGGACCUCAUCAGCGAACUCAAGAGCGAGCUAGGUGGUCACCUGGAGAACGUCAUCGUCGCCCUCAUGACUCCCCUCCCACACUUCUACGCCAAGGAGCUGCACGACGCCGUCGCGGGAAUUGGUACUGAUGAAGAAGCCAUCAUCGAAAUACUCUGUACCCUCAGCAACUAUGGGAUUCGUACCAUCUCAGCGUUCUAUGAACAGCUUUACGGCAAGAGUUUGGAGUCGGACCUGAAAGGUGAUACUUCGGGACACUUCAAGCGUCUGUGCGUGUCGCUGUGUAUGGCCAACCGUGAUGAGAACCAAGGCGUGGACGAGAGCUCGGCUAAGGCCGACGCCGAGGCCCUGGCCUCCGCGGGUGAAGGCCAGUGGGGCACUGAUGAGUCCGUCUUUAACUCCAUACUUAUCACACGUUCCUAUCAGCAAUUAAGACAGAUUUUUGCUGAAUACGAAGCUCUAACUGGCAAAGACAUCGAGGAAACCAUCAAGAAAGAGUUCUCCGGUAGUGUGGAGAAGGGCAUGCUGGCAAUCGUGAAAUGUGUGAAGAGCAAAGUAGGUUUCUUCGCCGAACGUCUGUACCACUCGAUGAAAGGAAUGGGCACUAACGACAAGACAUUGAUCAGAAUUAUCGUGAGCCGCUCUGAGAUAGACCUGGGCGACAUCAAGCAGGCCUUCCUCGAGAAGUAUGGGAAGCCUCUGGAGGACUGGGUCUCGGAGGACGUAGGGGGCUCCCUCGGUCAACUCUUAUCUACAAUGUGUUAUUAAGCUUCACUAGAGCGAUGUAACCCAACUCGAUGAGAGACAAUUUUUUUUAAUUUGAUAAUAAUCGUACCCUAUUUACUCUUGGUACAUAUUUACUGCAUUUGUAAGUUUUUUGUAAUCUCAUACUGAAUAUGCACGCUGUGAAUAGAAAUUAUGGGCCAGUUUAAAUUUAUUAUUAUGUUGGUUAUAGUUUGUUUUUCGAUAUCUUUGCAGGAAGACCUAACCGGUGACUUCAAGACUGUGCUAGUCACAUUAUGUGCUUAAUCCUGCAAAAUUUGAGAUAUAUUACUUUUUCAAAAUUCUACGCUGUUUGCAUGUUAAGACCAGUUCAUUGUUAGAAUUGUGUAAUAUUUUGCAGGACGAUACGAAAGGGGACUACAAACGCGUCCUUCUCACUAUUAUAUCAUAAGAAAAUGCAUAAUAAAAGAAUCUAUGUUCACUGUGAAACUGCCUUAAUAUUAAUCAAAAUAGAAGUGUUGCUUGAAUAUUUUUGUGAAAAUGAGAUAUUUAUUGGUGCUGUAGUUCUCUUUAUGAUGUAUUUAGAUAUUAUUACAGUACACUGAAUUAAACUAUGCCUGUUAAA